GGGAGCCUCUGUACCAUGUCAUAUCCUCAGUUUGGCUACCCUUACUCCUCUGCACCCCAGUUCCUGAUGAGCACCAACUCCCUGACGACCUGCUGCGAGUCCAGCGGCCGGACGCUGGCCGAGACGGGGGCGGCCGCCACCGCCCAGACCCCCGUCUAUUGCCCCGUGUACGAGAGCCGCCUGCUCGCCACCGCCCGACACGAACUCAACUCCGCCGCCGCCCUGGGGGUCUACGGCGGCCCCUACGCCGGGCCCCAAGGCUAUGGCAACUAUGUGACCUACGGCACCGAGGCUCCCGCCUUCUACUCCUUGAACAGUUUGGAGGCGAAGGACGGGAGCGGGUCUGCGCAUGCGGGCAUCGCCCCAGCGGCUGCCUACUACCCCUACGAUCACACCCUCAGCCAGUACCAGUACGACAGGUAUGGCACGAUGGACGGCGGGACGCGGAGGAAAAAUGCCACCCGGGAGACGACCAGCACCCUGAAGGCCUGGCUGCAGGAGCACCGCAAAAACCCCUACCCCACCAAGGGCGAGAAGAUCAUGCUGGCCAUCAUCACCAAGAUGACCCUCACCCAGGUCUCCACCUGGUUCGCCAACGCCCGUCGGCGGCUCAAGAAGGAGAACAAGAUGACCUGGCCGCCGCGGAACAAGUGCUCAGACGAAAAGCGGCCCUACGAGGAAGAGGAGGAUGAGGAGGAGGAGGGUUCGCAGGAAGAGGCGAUGAAGAGCGGGAAAGCCGAGGAGCCCACGGGCAAGGAGGAGAAGGAGCUGGAGCUCAGCGACCUGGAGGACUUGGACGCCGCCGAGUCGGAGAGCUCGGAGUGCGAGCUGAGGCGGCCCUUCCCGCACUCGCUCCCGCACCCGCUGCCAGGCGGCAGCCACCCGCCGCGGGCCGCCGAGCCUUCCGCCAAGAUGCCGCCUCCGGCCGCCGCCGGGGAGGAGGAAGAGGAGGAGGCGGCGGCGGAGAGAGCGCGGAGCUGCCUGAAGACCUCUGCGGAGUGCGGCCCCGACCUUCUAGGCGCCCGGCAGCGCGGCUGCGAGUCCAAAAUGUGCUUCCAGCAGGGGCAGCAGAUGCUGGAGUCGAAGCCCAGGAUUUGGUCCCUGGCGCACACCGCCACCUCCCUCAACCAGGCGGAGUACCCCUCCUGCAUGCUGAAGCGGCCGGGGGGCUCGGCCGCCGCCGCCGUCUCUGCCCCGGUCAGUGUCAUAGACAGGCACCAGGAUUCGCCGGUCACCAACCUCAGGAACUGGGUGGACGGGGUGUUUCACGACCCCCUGUUCAGGCACAGUACUUUGAACCAAGCCCUGAGCAACACGACAGUUUCCUGGGCUACCACCAAAGGAGCCAUUCUGGAAACGGGCGCUUUGGGACGCGCGGUGGGGAACGGCGCCAACGUGCUCAAGGGGCAGCUCUCAAACUUGGCCCACCAUGACUCAAACAAAGAGUUCCUGGCGUUUCCCAAAUCAGGAAGCAAAAUGUUUUGUUCCUAACAGUCCCACCGAGGGGCGAAGGACUUGCUAACGCUUAAAGAGUCAGCUACACUGAAAAGAGACUUGCGAGAGUUUAAAAUUGAAAUACAAAAGUUUUCCUUUUUUUUUUUUUUAUUUUUAAUUAAAAAAAAAAAAAACCAAACAUCAGAAACUAGGAUUUAAAAUUCAGUUUGCUCAGUUCAACGGACAGACUUUGCUCAUUGCUGUUCGGAAGAAUUUCUACUGGCUGCGACUUUAAGGGAUCAGUGUCGUGAAAGUUAUUUAAUUCCAUGUCCAAAAAGCACGUACUAUAGCGUAGACCUACUUAAAAAGUUUACAUCCGAAAGUUUACAAACGGGAAAUUUUAAUUCAGAUUUAAUUUAAGGCAUGCCGACAUUAGUUAUAAAGACUUCUCGAGAGUUUUCCUCCUGAUUUCCUUGUUAGCAUAUAAUUCACAAACAGCACUUCUACUAAGUUUACACCUACUGCACAGAUUUAUCUUGACGGGGGGAAAAAAAAAAAAAAGAGAGAGAGAGAAUAUGUUAAAAGGUAUGUUCACUCCAAUAAAUUGUCUGUUUCAGAGGUAA